GGAAUUUGUUUCAGGGGACAGCAAAUUUACACUGUUAUUAAAUCUGUACACUCACUACUUUACAUAAAAAGAUCAUAAAAUAUUUACAAAAAUGUGAGGGGUGUACUCACUUUUGUGAGAUACUGUAUGUUUAUCCCCCUAUCAACAGCAAGCGCCUAGUAGUGCACUGCUGCUCCUCAUCCUAUUUAUGUAUACUUUUCAACAAAGAAUGAGAUUGAAGCAAGUUAGAAAUGUAGAAAGACAUUGAAAAUUUUGUUUUAAAUUGCACAGCAAAUUAGAGAAUAGAAAUAAAUUGGCAAUUUUGUUUAACAUUGCGUGCUCUUAACUGAUCCAUAGCAGUUUCAUUUUGACUCUACUACCCAUUUAACCAGGUUAACAAACUGACAUAUCAAAAGGAAUGGACUUUCUCGUUUGUGAAAGAAGCCUUGUACAGCUAAUCAGACCUUUAAUGGUCAGAUAUGUGUCAAGUCCUAUACAUUUUAGCAGAAUGUAUCCAGAACAUGAACUGCUGUUUCACCUCUUGAAUGGAAGAGUGGUUUUAAUUAAGGCAUAAUAAUUAUUGUACAUUGCUUUUAUUUCUUGUUUUAAAUAAUGUCACAGAAUGAAGCUUCAGUCAGUGGACGACCACCAUGUGUUCUUCAUGUCUCUGGGGACACUUUAAUGUUAUUAUUUUUGUUUAAUUUGAAAGAGCUACAACCUGGUUGCCACAAUAGAAAAUUAAACACUUUUGUCCUUUAAAGUUUGAAUUUUUUAUUAAUUUUGUUCCCCACCUUUUACCUGCAGUUGUGUAACAAAUAUUGUAAUCAAUAACAGCAGUAUUGUUGGUUUCAAUUAUUAUGAUUUUUGUGCCAAAACAAUUAAAAUUGUUUGUCUUGUGUAACUAUUUUUUUUCUCUGUUUUCAUAAGUUUGGAUGUCACUUUUCCCCCAAUUAGCUUGGAAGCAUGUUUUUUUAUUUUGUAAAGAUUUCAUAUAGAAUAAUUUUUUUUUUAAUGUUAAACAGACUUCUAAAUAGUUUAUAUUUAAGUGGAUACAUUACCAAAAUGCAAUAUAUUUUAAACGUAUUAUUAUCAGGCCUUGACAAUCCAGUUUGCUAUUUCUACCACAAUUUUAAAUUUUAGUUACUUGACUUUUUUGCAUUCUUUUUCAAACAUCCCAAAAAAUAAUUUUCCAUCUCUCUUAAAUAAACACAUUUGCCAGCCUCAUUUAUAUUUUUGGUUAGUUGUAAAAUGACCCUGACAAAGUCUAUAAUUUUAUAUAAUUUCAGCCAUGGAGCCAAUCAUUCCAUUAUAAGGGACAUUCUAGUGCAAAAAAAAAAGACAUGCUAUAGUUUUCAUGUUCCUUUUGCCCUGCUGCCCGUUGAUCUCUGGUCAAGCCCUGCUCAGGAGCAAUGAGCAUUGCAGCUUCGGACCAGCAAUUCUCUGUAGCUCCCAAGAAGGACUUUACUUAUAGGUUUAACCCCUUUGUGGAGUUAAAACAUGAAUUUUGUACCAAUGAUUAUCCAAUAAAUUUAGAAUAUUGAAUGUUUGCACUAGAAUGUCAUUUUAAAUACUAGAUACCGUUAGAGUUUUUGGUUUUCUAAUUCUGAAUUACUUUCUUAUGAUGUCUUGUUUCAGAUAAUCACAGGUUUGCUUAGCCUUUUGAUAAUUUGAUCUGCUCUAGGUAUUGUAGUGGGGUUAUAAAAGCCCUUUUAAAAUUGCAUAGUGAGUAAGCAAACUACAUUAUAUAUCACGUAAAAAAUACAAGUUCAUCGUAAUCUUAGAAAGACAAAACCUAUUUUCUUACUUGUCCUUUGCAGUUUCAUUGUGCGAAGAUGCAUAACCACUUUUCUUUAUUUUAAAGAUUAUUACUAACUCAUAAUCGCAGCUUUUGAAACAUCCAAUUUUAAAUAUUUCAAUACAUUUAAUAAUUCAUAUUGUAGACUUACUCAACGGAAUAAUUUGUCAAAAUUUCCAACUAUUUUUAUUUGUUUUGUGACUCCGCCUUAAACUUUACAUGUAUGUUGCUGUUCCUAUGUAUGUGUGUGUCUCUACUGCAUAACCAGAACUUAUUUCUUCAGCCAUUUGGCUAAGUGUCGAGCCUAGCCAUGAUAUUACCACCAUGGGACCAACGUUUCUGCGGAGAAGAUCUCUGCUGAGAGAUGUGGACCAGCAGUAAGAAGCGAGAAAAAUUCCAGCGUUUGGUUCUUGCGGAUAGGUAUUUAUGUGUUCGGGUUCGUGUGAAUGUAAACUAUGAGUUACCAGACCCCCCCCAAAGCAAUUCAAAUACAAAAAUGAAUGGUUGGUGAAAACCCAUACGGUAAGCGUUCUUAAAUAACUGCCAGUAAGCACCUCGGCAGUAGAAUUUUAUCGAUUGAUACAAAAAAAGUGAGUUUCUUAUGAACUAGUUUUCCACUAUCAUAACACAAUUUCAGUCUAAGCAAUGUACAUUAUACUUUUAAUAUCUAGACAAAAUAAAUAUAAUCUUUUAAACAAGCGUGUUAUUUUUAUUUACAUAAGAUGUAGGCAGGUAAGUUGCCAUAACCUAGUACUAAAGUUUGAAGUACCUUGUAGUGAUCAUUUCAUUCAUGUUGCAGGUAUGAUGGACGUGGUCAUCUUCAUGACCUUUCUGAGUAUGAUGCUGAGCACAAUUCAUGGAAUAGAAACUACAACCUAUCUGAAGAAGAGGCUCGAAUAGAGGCCCUGUGUGAUGAAGAGAGAGGAAGAAUACAAGAGGCUAAGUGAAGCUUUGGCUGAAGAUGGAACUUACAAUACUAUGGGCUUUCGCUAUAAAAGCGAUUAUUACGACCCCUCGCAGCCCACAGAAGAAGAUGAUGCGCAAAAAGAUAAAGACUCAAGUGAUCCUGAAGAUAAUGAAGAACCAUUCAUUGCCCCAGAAGGAUUGAAUGUUCCAUCUGAUGUAGAACUACCACCCACAGCAAAAAUGCACGCCAUCAUAGAGCGCACAGCAAAUUUUGUAUGUAAGCAGGGAGCUCAGUUUGAAAUCAUGUUAAAAGCUAAGCAAGCACGAAACUCUCAAUUUGAUUUCUUACGCUUCGAUCACUACCUCAACCCUUACUACAAACACAUCCAGAAAGCCAUGAAGGAAGGGAAGUAUCUCCCACAGUCUGAGAAACAGAAUCAGGAAAAGAAAAGAACUUUUGCAAACACAGGUGAUUAUGAAGAUGAGGAUGAGGAUGAUGAUGAUGAGGGAGGUGACUACUUGCAUCCAAGUCUUUUUGCCUCCAAAAGAUGCAACAGCCUUGAAGAGAUCACAAAGCCAUUAAAGGUAAUUGAUCCAGACCACCCACUAGCAGCUCUUGUCCGGAAAGCUCAGGAUGAAAAGUUGGCUUCUCAGCAAACUGAAAGCCUAGUUGCUCCGGCAACCCAGACAAAUUCUUCAACAGAGACAACUGCAGCAUCAAACUAUUACAACUACUAUAUGCUUCCAGAUGGGACAUACUGCCUUUCAGCACCUCCCCCAGGGAUGGAAACUAAUAAUUUCUACAGUUCUUUGACAGCUGGGAAUAUUUCACUGGAUGUGACAGCGACAACAGUGCCUCCACAAACCCAAACAUCAGCAUCUUCCUCCUUAAGUAGUGAUACAAACAACAAGUUGAAUCCAGAGUCCAUCCCUCCAAGCUCGCUAACUCCUGUGGUUGCCAUAAUUCCCCCACCUCCUGACAUCCAGCCUGUUAUUGACAAACUAGCUCAGUAUGUAGCUAGAAAUGGAAUCAAAUUUGAAACCAGUGUUCUAGCAAAGAAUGAUACAAGGUUUGAGUUCAUGCAACCAUGGCACCAGUACAAUCCAUAUUAUGAAUUUAAGAAACAUUUUUUUAUGCAAAAAGAAGGUAUCCCUAGUACUCAGGCUGCACCAACAUCAGACACAAAUAAAUGUUCUACAGAAGCGCCAAAUGAAUCUCUCUUACUGCCUAAUCUGACAGGACAAGAUGUAAUCUGUACAGGAGAUCCUGAUUUUAAAGUAGAUGAUGCUGCCAGUAAGCCUGUCAAUGAUGGGAAAUUCUUAAAAGCUUCUUUUGCUCCAAUAAGCUUUGCCAUUAAAGUCAAAGAAACAGACCUUUUACCGUUGGAGAAAAAUAGAGUAAAAUUAGAUGAUAGUGAAGAGGAGGAAGAGGGUGAGGGCAAGGACAAACAGCAGAACAAGGCUAGCAGCUCCUCCAACAGCAGUCAAGCACAUGGUACGUCAGCCACUGUGGUUGAAGAAAAGAGACCACAACUAACUGCAGAGGAACUUGAAGCCAAACAAGCAAAGCAAAGGCUGGAAGACAGAUUGGCGGCAGCAGCCAGAGAAAAACUGGCACAGGCCUCAAAGGAAUCAAAAGAGAAGCAGCUGCAGGCAGAACGCAAGCGGAAAGCUGCAUUAUUUCUACAAACGUUAAAGAAUCCACUGGAUACAGAGUCGGGAAGGAUCGAGGAAACUGCCAUCAGCCCUGAGGUUAACAGUUUGACCCCAGAAUACAUACCAGAUGACCGAAUUGUACCAGUUUGGGAAUAUCCAGUCACAGAAAGGUCUCCAGGCAGAGAGUUUGUUAAGGAAGAAAAGGAAAAGAAGAAAAAAAAAAAGAAAAAACGUUCCAGGUCAAGAUCGCACUCACCAAAGUCGUAUGAACCAAAGUCCAGUUCAAGAUCUCAUUCAAAAGUAAAACAUUCCCUCCCCACAGCCUACAGAACAGUCAGACGUUCCAGAUCUCGAUCAAGAUCUCCAAGAAAACCUUCCCAAUCUUCAGAAAGGAGAAGAGAGGAAGACAGAGGGGCAAGUUCCUAUCGUUCAGGUCACAGUACUGGAAACAGCAGGAAGCGCACUCAUAGCCCACACGAAAACAAGAAGAAAAAGCACUCUAGAUCGAAAAGCAAACCCGAAGCUGGAAGUCAUUCCUUCUCACCCAGCAAACAAGGAGCUAACAGUAGUUUUGUACAUUCAGCGAGUAUCUCUCCCGUGGAGAGCAGGGGUUCCAGCCAAGAACGCUUCAGGGAAGUUUCUCAUGACAAAGAUGGCCAUAUUGCAUCUGAAAUUGUGUCUAAAGUGCAGACGAAAAUAACUCUGGAUCUCAUGGCUAAAGUGAAAGCCAUGCUUGCAACCUCCAAAAACAUGCAUACUGGCACAUCAUGAUGCUUCAUCUAGAUAACUCCUGGCAACAGACAACAAAAUGAUCCUUGCUCUACAAAUCAAACUGUAUGCUGCAGUCCCAAGGAGAAGCUGGUAGAGGAAUUUGACCCUUCUGCUCCUUUUAUAAAGCUGUUGAAGUAAUUCAACUUGUUUUCCCUUUGGACAAGAAACCUGCUGUUAGUCAAUUUUUCAUUGACAUUUCCCAGGUCAUGCAUACAGUGAUUACUUAUCGAUAUGUAUAUUUGUAUAUAUUUUCUGUAUCACAGGUCUCUGAAAUAAAAUUUGAUGGACAAAAA